GAGUAUGAAGGAAACUGUCGUUUGGUGUAAUAAAAAGACUUUUCUGUUAAGUGUUUUACUGAAAUAUCUUCAUUUAUAAACGAAGAACAUGAAAAAGAAGAAAGUAAAAGCCGAGAUGGACAGAAAUUUUUCUUCAUUUUCUAGAGGGGAAAGCAAAAAAGCUAGCAGUCUCCUUCAAUGCUACAAUUCAACUGUAAAAACUAUACAGUCUGAAAAAGAUCUGCGUUUAGGCAUCUUUCAGGUUCCAUUUACCAGUGAGGCUGAAGCAGCUUUUUAUAAAAAACUUCUGCCCUCUUUGCUAAUAAUUCAUUCCUCAAAAUCUCUUUAUGAUCUUGUACUUAAGAUAGAUAAAGGAUUUCUUAAUUUAUUUCAGUUAGAUUCCACGCGAAUAUAUUUCGUUGAUCACAUUAAUGAACAUUUAUUUGACUUUGAUGAGUCGGGAAGAAAGCUUAGCAACGUUAUAAGUUUUAAAAAUUCAGGCCUUGCAAUGGAAGCCGUGAAGACUCGCAGGAUGUCCAUCGCUAACGUUCCUGGCCCUCUCGCAACUUCCUCUUCUGCCUCUAAAUCCCGUAGAACAAGUGUCCAUCUCUGUGCUGUUCCUGUUUUACAACUGGAUCCUCUGCAAACUUGCGUGGUUAUUGUACUAUCGCGCUCCAGCUGCUUUCCGCCGUUCAAUCUUGAGAGCGAGGAGUGCAGGAUCUUUUCCAUUAUUGCCGAGCACAUUGGGGAAACGUAUAGCAAACUGCUUAAAAUAAAUGAACUGGAAACGAAAAUUAACGAACACCGCAUGCUGCAAAGUGUCACCAAAAAUCUUUACUCUGAGGGAAAUUCCGCAAAAGCUGUUGUUUCAAGGAUUUUACGGCAAGCCACCUCGUAUAUUGGGGCGGAGCGAUGCUCGAUCUUCAUGCUUGACAAAGCUCGCGACAAAAUGUAUACUGAAGAGUUCGACACUUACGGUCAAAACGAAGUCACUACAAAUGCGCACUCAGAGUCUAUUGUGUCCAUCCAUCGAGCGCUAAGCUUGGCCUCCCAGAAAUCUUACAGAGAAAAGGCUACUCGCUACGCCGAACCGUACAAAGCGAGAAUAGCCUUUCUCCCUCGUGAACCCUCGCGAAAAGGGCAAACGCAUGACUCCUCUGGCUCCUCAAGCAGCCCCAGAGAAGCUUUGGACUGCUCAGAAAUGAAUGGAGUUAUCAGUUACGUUGUGGAGACAGGAAAGACCCUUAAUAUCAGAGGACGCUCGACAGACGAACUUUUUAAUAAGGAAGCCGGCACGAGGCCGAAGUAUACCACAAAGACUCUUCUGUGCACCCCCAUUAGAGACUACGCUGGCGACGUGAUUGGCGUGGCGAACCUAGUCAACAAAAAAAAGGGAGACUUUACCAGUGAAGACGCUGAAUGGUUUGAAACUUACGUCGCUGUUUGCUAUCUGGCCAUUCUCAACGCUUUCUUUCUGGAGCAAGAAACAAAGAGAAAAUUCGAGCAGAACGCCAUCUCGCAGACAGCAAUGGCUUUGUCGCUUCCCACAGAGAAAGUUCUGUUAAUAAAACAGCUGCUGGAAAGUUGCAGAAACCUUGUUGAUUCACAAAUGUGUGCCUUCUUCCUGUAUGACGAAGAGAACAACGUUUUAGUCCGGCAAGUCUGCGACUGCUAUGCUGACUUUAAUCCCUCUGACCCCCCAACGUUUCCCGCCUCGCAGGGAAUCGCUGGUCACGUGUUCGCGAGGGGGAAAACAUUGAACAUUGCAUGUGUCAAAGAGGACCCUCGCUAUGAUUCUGAUGUGGAUGGCGUGCCGGACAAGCCGGUGUUUGCCAUGCUCUGUUUACCGAUCAUUCGAGCCCAUGCAGUUGUAGGAGUGCUCCAGCUGAUCAACAAAAGAGGCGCGUAUAAGGGCAAGUUUUCGAAGAACGAUGAGCAUCAAAUAGAGACGAUGGCCAAUAUUAUAGGCAUAAGCCUACACAACCUGCAACAGCAAGAAAUCUUAAAAAAAACAGAAAAUCAGAGCAAAAUAGCAUUUGAAAUGAUACAGUAUUAUACACACUUCAAAUCGGACGAGCUUAUUUGCAUUUCCCAACCGCUUUCACCCCAACUACUGGCUUCCUUAAGCAGACACGACUGGGACUACAGAGUUCUUACCGAUAUCAAAAUGUGUUCCUGCGUGCUUUACAUGUUUGAAAGACUGCACUUUCUGGAGCGAUUUAUUAUGCAACCAGAAACGCUGAAGCGAUUUAUUUUGACCGUCCGUAACAGUUAUAGGGACGUCCCGUACCACAACUGGUCUCACGCCUUCUGUGUUACCCAAUGCCUGUAUACAAUAGUGCUGCUUUCAAACCUCAUUGAUUUUUUAGAGGAGCGGGAAAUACUGGCGCUCUUGGUGUCCUGCUUGGGGCACGAUCUUGAUCACAGAGGUAAAAACAACGCCUUUUUAAAAACAAGAGAUAGUGACCUGAAACAGCUUUAUGGGGAUAAAAGUAUUCUAGAGCAUCACCAUUACAACAUACUGGAAAAGUUGCUAAGCAAUCCCAACCUUGAUAUAUUCGAAAACUGCGAUGAAGAAACAGUGGCUGGUCUUAAAAGGCUAAUAAAAUUUAAUAUUCUGGCGACGGACUUGGCAGGCCACUUUGUCACUUUGAAAAAGUUCAAGUCUUUGUUUUGCUGUGAAAACAAAAGCGACAAUAGCCUCUUCGAUAAAAGCAAUUCACUACACCGAUCUCUUCUCUGCUCCAUAAUAAUGACUGUUUGCGAUAUCUCGAACAUCUCGAGGAAUUGGGACUUGCAUGUAUCAAUCACACGCCAAAUUUACGAGGAAUUUUUUGAACAAGGAGACGAGGAGAAGAAGUGCGGACUGACGCCUAUUGAGAUGAUGGAUCGGGAAAAAGCAGUUAUUCCGCGUUGCCAGAUUGACUUUAUAGAUCACGUGGGACUACCCGCCUACACAUCUCUGGCCCACGUGCUCCCACAAAUACGACCACUUCUUGACAACUUACUAAGAAACAGAGAGAGAUGGGCUGGGGUGUUGGAGGGAAAACACGUCAAUGAAAAUCUGACGCCCGUCUACAUACCCUCUAUUUAAACCUUAAAGAAAAAAGCGCUACUUUAAGAGUCAAAGUAGUUUGUUAAUAUGCAUUACCAAGAAAAAUAAAAU